GAGGGUAUGGAAUGGACCCAACAGGGCAUUGGCUGGUAGAAAUGCUGAACAAAAAAUGAUAUCAAUUCUAAGAAACAAAUUUCCUCAAGCUAAACUUAUAGAAGUUAAUGAUGUCUCAGGCCCUUAAAGAAGAGAUUAAGGAUAUGCAUGGAGUAAGAAUAUAUACAAGCGUUCCUGAAGCCUAGAUUAUUUGUAAUUUUUUACGAAACUAUUUCUUAUAUCAUGUAAAUGUAUGACUGAACUGUAUAAAGUUUUGUAAAUUUUGCAUAUAAAUAUUCAUAUAUACAUCUAGCAAUAUUUAUUUGUAUUCACAUAUAUAUAAAAUUCAAUGUUUAUUUAAAGGAUUUUAAUAAUAUGAAUCAUCUAUAUGCAUAAUAGAAAUGUGUACAAUAAAUGACUAACAUAAUUAAAUAGAUUUUAUUUUUCUAUAUAUUAUUUUACCCAUUCAUUCAAUUUUAUAAAAUUUGAUAUUUUGUUCCCAUCAUGUUAUCUUAAAUAAACAUUUUCUUAUAAAAUAUAAAAUAUUAAAAAUAACAUAUUAUAUUAUUACAAUUAUAAAAUAACACACUUUAUUAUUUUUAAAUAUAUUAGACUGUCAAUUGGCUUUAAAUAAGAAAGAAUGUCUAAAGUACUAUAAUUUAUCAUCUAACAAGUUUUCAAAUUUAGUAGUAAGUUUAGUCAAAGUUAACACGGCGACAUCACGCGGAUUCAAUCGGCAAUUCCAAGUCGGAAGGUUUAAAGUUCACCAAUAGAUCAUAACUGAAACAAAGUAUGUACUUGUAAAAUAUUUCUUAAAACAACAAUGUUAUUAAAGUAACGAACAUAAUUUUAUUUUCUAACGAACUUUGAUCUAAUUAUCUAGUCAUAGAUAUUGCUGAUAAAUUUUCUGUUUACUCGAAGAAAUGCAUUAUCCCAGAUAAAACUUGGAUAGUUUAUUAGUCAGGAAUAACCAUUCAGAUUGCAAACAUCAUCAUGAAUUGUUUAAUAGGGGAUACGGAACGACUUAUUACCAAUGAUAUGUUAUUAUGUACUGCACCAAGUCCUUCGUCUAUUCCUAAUGCUGAAAAUGCUCGAUCAGGAACCAGCAUAUUAAGUACAAUUUUUCUAAUUGUGAAUGCCACUUUAGGAGCAGGUCUUUUAAAUUUCCCACAAGCCUUUGAUAGAGCUGGAGGAUUGGUCAGUUCUAUUAACGUGCAACUUGUUGCGCUCAUCUUUAUUACCGCUACACUUGUCAUUUUAGCCAAUUGCAGUGACAUUACAAAUACCUGCACUAUGCAAGAUAUGUUUGCUAAUUUUUAUGGACAAAGAUCAUUGUUUCUAUGUGCACUUUGUAUUGUGAUAUAUAGUUUUGGAUGUUGCUUAACAUUUUUAAUAAUUAUUGGUGACCAGUUUGAUAGAAUUCUGGCAACAUACUAUGGACUUGAUUAUUGUUAUACAUGGUAUAUGUCCAGAACAUUUGUCACAACUGUGACGUGUAGUUUAUUUAUACUGCCUUUAUGCUUUUUUAAAGGAUUGGAUGUUCUAAGCUAUGCUAGUUCUAUUGGUUGCAUAACUAUUUUAUAUGUAAUAGCAUUAAUAGUCUAUAAAUAUUUUACAAAUACUGUGUAUCCCAUUAAUUCUAUGAAAAUAUGGCCAGACAACGAAUAUGAGGCACUUCAAAUAAUUCCAGUAAUUUGUUUCGCAUACCAGAGUCAUAUGACAGCAAUACCAAUGUAUGCUUGUAUGAAAGAACGCAAUCUUAAAAAAUUUACAUUAUGUGCUAUAGUAAGCAUGAUUAUUUGUUUUACUGCUUACACAGUGGUUGGUAUUUUUGGAUAUGCGACAUUUGGAGCUGGAAAAGUGCCCAGUGAUAUUCUUCAAGGCUAUGCAGACAAAAGUAUAAUUCUCACUUUAGGGAUUAUAUUCAUAGCAAUCAAAAAUUUUACUACAUAUCCAAUUGUUUUGUAUUGUGGUCGUGAUGCGCUUCUAAGUCUUUUAGGAAUGGACAGUAACUCUAUUAAAUUUAGAGUUUUUAUUACAUUGAUCUGGUAUAUACUGUCUUUAGUAAUUGCGGUAUUAGUACCAGAUAUUUCACCAGUUAUUAAUUUUCUGGGUGCGUUGUCAGCAGCUUUUAUGUUUAUCUUCCCAGGCAUUUGCCUAUUUCAGAGUACACUUUUGAAAGAUUCGGAACUACAUUUAAAUAAAGAUCGACUGUUAAUAUUUUUUGCAAUUUUCAUUACUGCGCUUGGUGCGUUUAUAUCUGGUGUUAUACUUACAGAAGCAACAGAAGAUUUGAAUAUAAAACCUAACAAAAGUUCAUUAGUAACUGGAUUUAGACAGUUGAAAGAAAAUCUAUGUACUUAGUAUAUCUUAUAUGAUUUGAGGUUGUAAAAUAUUUUACACAAGAAAAAUUUGUGUAAACUACUAAUAAGCAAAAGAAAAAAUGUCAUAAAUGCUCGUAUAAUAAUUUUAUCAUAAUGUCCUGUGAUUUAUAACUGUUAUAAUUUAGCUAAAUAUUUUAAUAUUCUCUGAUAGAUUGUAUUAAUUAUAAUAGGAAACAGGAAAGACUGAUACAUACGCAAAUAUAAUGGUAUGUUUGUUAUAUUAUGGCAGAAAAUCUAUAUAAAGACUAAAAUUUAUAAUUUUUUUAUUUUUGUACUGCAUUCAUAAAUCUUUAAGACAGAGUGAUAGAAAAUAAUAUUAAAUAAAUAAAAUUUUAUAUAACAUUUU